AUGGCCUCAAGGCUUGUUAACUCAUAUACGGCGAGCCAGUCCAGAAAGUCUCACAAAAAAUCCCGUCUUGGUUGCGGGAAUUGCAAGCGGCGCAGGAUAAAGUGUGACGAGAAAAAGCCUGAAUGCAGCAACUGCCUGCGACACUCUGUUUACUGUGACUAUAAAAAUGCUACAGGAGACGAAAGAGGUGCCGAACUAUGCCGUCAGCCAUCAGAUGCAUGUGAUUCUGCACCCGAGCAACAGGCGGACGAUUCGUAUACCUUUAUUUCCUCCAACCAGACGCACUUCAAGCCUCCAAAGCGACGGCAUGCUAGGCGCAAUGUCACACCAAUGCAGGUGGAGCUGCAGAUACCGGCACCAGAGCCGUGUGCUGCUGUGGCAAACAAACCGUUCAACUUCUCAGCCACUGACAUGGUGUUAUUCCAUCAUCUCAUCUCCUCGAAAGAUCUAGGCGGCUCAAAUCGAAUGGCAAUUAGCCAAUUCACCCGACUCGGCUUCUCGUUCCAUUACCUCUUGCACUUACUGCUCGCAAUUUCCAGCUUCCAUCUCGCGCGCCACGGGGGCGAUGAUCAUCUGAGCCAGAUAGCAGGGCACAGUGGCGACUAUCUCGCCGAAGGUGAGCGGCACUAUUCUCUAGCUGUUGGUGUAGUUGCUGCGCAGAUUCCGUCUUUGGGAAAAGAAAAUGGUCUUGCACUUUAUGCGGCCGCGCUUCUCAUCUUUCUGUGUUCGGUUGCAAGGGGACCGCAGCCGCUGGAGUACUUGGCCUUUCGGGACGAUGGCCAGGCAGGAUCUCUGGCUCUCUUCAUGGGCGUAAGGACAGUCCUGGAGACUUGUACCGCGAGCUUUGCCAUUGACGCCUCUCUGAUGCAUGCUGCGGACCACAAAGAGCCGUCCUCAGACGGGGAGGGCAAACUCAACAGUUGGGCGAGAAACCCCACAGUCCUCAAUGAAUACAGCAGUGAACUGUCACAGCUCAGCCAGAUACUUCUCACUGUCCCCUCGAACUGUGAUGCCGCAAGCUAUCACCAGGCAUUUGAGCACCUCCAGUGCAUUUAUCAGUCUUUAUACAGCCCCGAUUCUAAGUUAAACGAGCUAGACCUCUGGCCGACGAUCUUUGGCUGGCUUUAUACUUUACCAAGCCCGUUCCUCACAGCAUUGCAAUGCAGAGAAUCAGUUUCACUAGUUUUGUUUUCCUUCUUUCUCGUGCUCCUCAAGGAACUCGACUCAGCAUGGUUCCUUCGCGACUGGCCGGAACAUAUACUGAUUGGGAUAUUGCACAACCUGGAGUCUUCCCACCAGCCUUUCAUUCGCUGGCCAAUGGAGGUCUUGAAGUGCCCCUCGUAUUGA